AUGGAACCUGCGUUAGCAAUAGCAUCGCCGGUGAAAAGUAAGCGCACGAGUCGAGGCCGGCAAAAAAUCCGCAUUAAGAAGAUCGAGAACCCCGAGCAUCGCGCCGUGACCUUCAGCAAGCGCCGUAAGGGCCUCUUCGUCAUGGCCGCGGAGCUCUGCGCCCACACCGGCGCCCACGCCGCCGUCAUCGUCUUCUCCCCUUCCGGCCGACCCUACGCCUACUCCUAUCCCUCCGUCGACGAGGUCCUUCGCCGCUUCCUCGUCGGCCAGUUCCGGGACCGUGCAGGUCUGGGCGGGAUGCAGGAGUUGGUGCAGAUGCGUGCGCUCCUGCUCGGGGAGGGCGAUGAGCGCGCCGCGGAGCCCCACCGCGGGGCGGUGCUGGAGGAGCUGCAGCGCGGGGUGGAGGAGUUGGAGAAGCUGCGGAGGCUCGUGCUGGCGAAGGCCGACGUGGUUGGAUGACAUUGGUACCGUGGACGACAUCCCCGUUUGGGCUCGAGUGAAGGCAGAGAAAGGUACUCUUGCUGGGAGUGGGGUUGCAGGUUUCAAUGCAGGAAGCCACAGUUUUGGUACCCCUCCUGUCACUUGAUUCUUUGGUUUUAUUUCUUUGGAUGCUUCAAUUAUUUUUUUUCUCAAUUAUUGGAAGAGAGAGAUCUGUAAAUUUCACACAUGAAGUUUGACUUCAUGCGUUGUUCAAUACUAGCAUACUAGGACUGGAACCAAUCAAAAUAUUUCUUCCAAAGACUCUUUAGCUGGACGAUAUAUAGAGGAGAAACAAUAGUUACCCUUUUUAACUGGUAAAUUGCUACAUAUGUACAGAUAGUUCGUUCAAAAUUUUAUAGCAUCAAAGAAUAUAUUGUUUAACAAGCUGUGCCUGACAAUGCACUGCAACGUAUAAUCCACAUUUGACAUGCAACACUAAUAGGAUCAGCAUAACCAGCAAGUUGCAUUUACCAGACAUCUUAUGACAUCAUGCCAAAAAAAAGAA